UCUGUAGGUUUGACUACAGACCAACCUGGUGGUGCAUUUUUUCCAACUGAAGUUCUCUCGUCCCAAAUGGCUCUGCUUAUGUCAAGUUGCCAAAACCCUAGGCAAGCACACUCCCUAUGUUGGUGGAGACAGCCUUCAAGUGUCUGAAGACUUGGCCUCCACAGAGGUCUUAGGAAGGCAGAGGAGGGGGAGGGUCUUGGAGACUGGAGGGGCAGAGCAGUUGUGCAAAGGUCCUGUGGCCGCCUGAGGCAGGAAGGACACAGGACUCUAGCCUUUCUUCUCUGGGAGCAGUACAACCUGGGAGGUGUUGAUAUGUAGACAGGUGUCCCUCAGUAAGAGUCUAGGCCAAGAGCAAAACAUGGGAGGGACGGUGUGCUGAUCUUGGAGGAAAGUGGGAGUGUGUGAGAGAGUCUCAGAACUCAGCGCUGAGGCCCAGGAUCUACCCCAGACAUGGCAAAAGCGAGCCAGCUCCAGACCCCAGGCAAUGUUGGGCCUGCAAGGUCUUAUGCAUUGAAAGGACACAGCCUGGGGAUAACUGAUGACUUGUCCCAGACACCGACACAUCAGGUAGAACUCUGCCCCAGGAGAAACCCCCCACUCUGGACAUGGCUGCAGGGGACCCCACCAUCCAGAACCGAGUCUGGCCUCUCUGCCGCUCUCGUGUGGCCACCUCUGGAAAUGAAGUCAGAGCUCAAGUCGGCCGGGGUGGAGCAGUCUAAGACUGGCUGAUUUCCAUGCACUUGACCCACCAUGGUGACCCCAGCCUCUCAGCCUUCCCGUCUGUAGAACUGGGACCUGGAGCCUUCCCAGACCUUCCCUGCUCGUCUGUUCCGCCUGUGUUCCCGGGUCCCUGUCUCACCUCUGGCCUCUGUCUCUCUGCCUCCUGUAGAGUGGAGGUCGGGCUGGGAAAGCCCCCUGGGAAACUCCCACAGAGUAGGGAGAAGGGGGAGGAGAGGCAGGGUCUCAAGACGGGGGCGGGAAGCCGCCAGCCCACUGCUAUUUAAACCCUUCCCUUGGCGGUCACAAGACAGGGGGACGGCAUGGAGUCCAGCCUGGUCCUCCUGCUGGCCCUGGCCAUGGCGCCCUUCCAGCUUGGCAGUGGCCAGUCCCUCCAUGUGGAUCCCCCAGAUCCUGUGGUGGCUGUGGCCAAAGGCACAUCCCUCCAGCUCAACUGCAGCCUGCCCUGUGACGAGGGUGUAGCCCAGGCACAGUGGCGUGGCCUGGACACCGACCUGGGCAAUGUGCAGAACCUCCCAGGCAGCAGCACCCUCUCCAUACAUGGCCUUCUGACAGACGCUGACACACGUUUGUGUGUGGGCUCCUGUGGAGGCCGAAGCUUCCAGCACUCUGUGCAGAUCAUUGUGUACGCCUUCCCAGACCAGCUGGUGGUGUCUUGGUCAGGACAGGACCAAGAGGUGUCCUGCACGGCCCACAACAUCUGGCCCCCAGGCCCAGACAUUCUCUCCUUCACCCUGCUACUGGGAGACCAGAGACUGGAGGGGGCCCAGGCCCUGGAACCAGAGCAAGAGGAGGAGACCCAGGAGGCCGAGGGCACGCCACUGCUCCGAGUGACACAGCGCUGGCUACUACCCUCCCUGGAGACCCCUGGCCCUCCCGCCCUCUACUGCCAGGUCACCAUGCAGCUGCCCAACCUGGUGCUAACCCACAAAAGGGGCCUUGCAGUCCCACAGAGCCGGACCUCACCAGAGCCCCCCACCACCACCUCUGCCAAGCCCUACAUCCUGACCUCAUCACACACUACUGAGGCCAGUUCCACUGGGGCUCCCAACAGCACAACCCUGCCGGCUGCCCCUCCUCGUCCCACAUUUAGCCCUAGGACUCUGCGCUCCGCUGGAACUUGCUAUCCCGAGAUCCACCAGGACCAGAAGGCCGUCUGGCAGCUGCUCUGUGAGGCACCCUGUGGGCCUGGAGUGACUGUGCACUGGCUCCUGGCUCCUGGCAACCUGGCAGCCUACCACAAGAGGGAGGCCGGGGCUCAGGCAUGGCUAAGCGUGCCUCCCCCAGGUCCCAUUCCUGAGGGCUGGUUCCAGUGCCGCCUGGACCCCGGGGGGCAGGUAGCCAGUCUGUAUGUCUCCAGUCAGGUGUUCCCAAAACCCUCCUCCGACAUCACCCUAUGGAUUGGCAGCUUGGUGUUGGGGCUGCUCGCGCUGGCCUUCCUUGCCUACCGCCUGUGGAAACGCUACCGGCCAAGUGUUCCCCCAGACACCAGCUCGUGCACACUCCUGUGAAGCUGGGUUUGGGGUAGUCAAGAUGUUAGAGUGUGGCCCCUUUCCUUGGUGGUCAGCACAUCUACAAGUUCCUUCCAGCUGCUCGCCCUGCGCAGAAUAAAGGCCCCUUA